UUUUUUUUUUCUAUUUAAUGAGCCUUUUUUUUCUUUAGGAUAGUGUUGUGAAUUGUGAUCUUGUCAUGAUGGACCAAACUGGUCUGACCUGUGUUUAGUCCUAUGUAUAUUUAUUUGUGUUUUGAUUUGAUCUUUCAUAGUCCAUGAGCUUUUGGCCCAUCACAAGUUUUCCGACAAAGCAACAAACAAGAAAAGACAUCUGACUAAAAUAUUCUGGCGCUUAUCUUUGACUUUUAUAAGAGUUGUGAUUCUCUUCUCUUCUCUUCUUUAAAUAUCUAUUCUACGUGCUCUGCAAGAAGCAGGAUAUGUUGACUAUUAUAACAUCAAAGAUUAGGACCAAAAGGAUCCAAGUAUUGCGCAAUUUACUUGUUGAGCAAACAUCUCAUUCAACACAACAUUUUUCUUAUAAAAAGCACACAAGCAUCACACUCAUAAAUGCAAAAACAUCUCAUAGUUUCUAAUAUUUUUCAAGAUUGAUCUCAAUGUCGUCAUCACCAUCAGCUGUUCCUGAUUACUUGGGAGAUGAAGAUCUGACCCAAGAAACAAGAGAUCUGAUCUCCUCUCUUCCAAGGGAGAAAGGUUGGUUGGUGAGCCAAAUGUAUCAGUUUCAAGGACGUUGGCACACACAAGCUCUCUUACAAGGACUCAUGGAGUGUCAAAAACGCUUUGAAGCCAAAGAUUCCGACAUUAUCCUUGUCACCAAUCCUAAAUCAGGUACCACUUGGUUAAAAGCUCUUGUCUUUGCUCUCAUUAACCGACACAAGUUUCCAGUUUCUUCUGGUGAUCAUCCUCUUCUGGUUACCAACCCGCACCUUCUCGUGCCCUUCUUGGAAGGAGUUUACUAUGAGUCUCCAGAUUUUGAUUUUUCCAAGUUGUCUUUUCCAAGACUCAUGAACACGCACAUACCGCUUCUCUCCCUGCCAGAGACGGUUAAGAGCUCGUCUUGUAAGAUUGUGUAUUGUUGUAGGAACCCUAAGGACAUGUUUGUCUCCUUAUGGCAUUUUGGGAAGAAACUUGCUCCUGAAGAAACCGCUGAUUAUCCCAUUGAAAAGGCGGUUGAAGCGUUUUGUCAAGGUAAGUUUAUAGGUGGACCCUUUUGGGAUCAUGUGUUGGAGUAUUGGUAUGCGAGCCUCGAAAAUCCGAACAAGGUCUUGUUUGUUACUUAUGAGGAGCUGAAGAAGCAGACUGGAGAUACGAUCAAGAGAAUAGCUGAGUUCUUGGGAUGUGGAUUCAUUGGAGAAGAAGAAGUGAGUGGGAUUGUGAAGUUGUGUAGUUUUGAGAGCUUAAGUAGUUUGGAAGUUAACAGAGAAGGGAAGUUGCCAAAUGGAAUGGAGACUAAAGCUUUCUUCAGAAAAGGAGAUGUUGGAGGAUGGGGAGAUACUUUGAGUGAGUCCUUGGCAGAGAAAAUAGAUAGAACCAUUGAAGAGAAGUUUCAAGGUUCUGGUCUAAUAUUUUCUCGUUGAAAUCAAUCUUUGAGACUUUUUGUUUUGUUAUUGUUGUGCUUUAAUGAUUUUUCUUUUUCAAUCUUGUGAUUUUUGUUUUUGCUAUCUAUGUUUUGGUGUUUGCUGUUAUAUGAAAAAAAGAUCGAUCAUGGUUUGUUUGAUAAUAUUAUUUUUUUUAUCAGUUGAAUAUUGUAGGAUUGUUCACAUUUAUUAGCGCUGGCAAAAUAAAACUAAUCCAAGCUCGACCUGAUAAAAAUAAAUCCAAAUCCCACAUAAAUAUUAAAUUGUUUUGUUCUAUGGUAUUUUGGAUUAUGAGUUCUUCUACCCAAACCAAAUCCAAAUUUAAAUGUAUAUCCAAAAAACCCAAAAAUUCAACCCCAAAAAAGUUUUAUAUCAAAUCCGAUCUCAAUCCCUAAUAUGUAUCCCAAAUUCAUUGGAUAUUAUUGACUAACUAAAGUAAUUAUCUAUUACAUGAAUAAUAAACUCAAAUACUUAGUGUAAUAUAUAUGUUUGAUAUUUGAUUAUUAUUGAUGUUUUUAUGUUUUGAUAAUUGCAUUUGAAUUUCAGUUAUUAAAAAGUUUGCUUUUGAAUUUUAUAAAAUGUUGUUUUAAGUUUAAAUAGUGUUUCUUACGUUUAUAGAAUUGCUAGUUGUUAAUUUUAAUUUAAUUACGUUUCAUUAUGUAUGAUUCUUGUUCAUACAAGGUUUUGGUUUGUCAUAAAUCAUGUAAUCAUGAUAUGUCUCAUGUUGUCAUAUAUAGUUCAAGGACGAGUCUCAUAUGGUUGACGGAUGAGUUUUCCAAAUUAAUUUUAAAGGACAAAAAUACAAUUUGAUAAAACCACAUACACAAAUUUAUUGAAAAUAUUAGAAAUAUAUUAAGUUUAAUAAAGUACAAAUUAAUAUUUUCAGAAUAGAUGACCCGGUUAAUAUAUGAAAGAGAAACUAUUAUGGGUUCAACCGGAUGUUGGGUAUAUAACUAAACCUAAAUCUAAUCCGAUUUGAACUUUUAUAAUAUCCGAAUGGAGCUGAAAUUCAUUAACCCAAAAUAUGAAUGAACUCAAACCGAAACUCGAUUUUGGACUCCGAUUGCCCACUUAGUCGUCUAGUUGACUUUCCUGCGAACAUAAAAGAAAAUAAAUUUUAGUAACAUUAACGUUUAUAUAAUUACAAAGUUAAAUGUGAUGAAAUUAUAAAUUAUACGUAAUUGUCACUACCAAAAUUAUUUUUGUUUCUUGGUUGGCUUAAAAAUGAAGUGGAUUUUUAAUUUUAGUUGGUCUUUGUUCCUUUUGUUUUUGUUCAUUUAUUUCUAAAUGUGAAAGUAUAUUCUUUGUUCUUGUUUGUUUGUUUAUUUCUUUUGAUUAAUCUGAGGAUAUUCCGGAUCUAUAUAAGGGUUUGUACUAAACCCAAAGGGAAGGUGCAAUUCGCUCUGGGUAUUAUAAUGGAUCGUAAACAAUGAAUUUAUAUAUGUGUAACCACAUGUGAGACUAAUAAUUUUGCAAUAGAGAGGAAUCAAAUUCCUAAUCCGGACCAACAAGACAACUUCUCAUACUAUAAAAACCACUAGACCACCAUAAUGUGAUUCUCUUGUUUGUUUGUUCUUACUGAGGAAAGACAACAUAUUACUUUAUGGUUUAUAAAUCAACAUUGAACGCAUUUUUCAAAUAGCAAAAGAUGUACGAUAUUUUGUAAUCCAUAGGAUUACAAUCUGAGAAAAUUACUUGGAUUAGCUCUUAUUAAUCAACUAGAAGGUUUUAUGAGAGCCAUGCACAGUGUUGAUAUAUUUUUAGAAAUUAUUACUAUUUAGUAAAUUAAAGUUUAAAUUAUAUUUUAAUAAUGUUUUUAGAUUUUAGCUUUAUCAAUACUAAAAAAAAACUUAAAAUAAUUAUUCGUAAUUUUUUUAUUUAGUUUUAACAAAAUUAUUUAUAUUUUCAGAUUUAGUUAAGUUUUAUCAUAAAUUAUUUUAUUUUUAUUAGUUGAUUUUAGUUAAAAAUACAUUGAAGUAAUAAAACUCAAUUUACUAAAUUGAUUAACACUCGCUGAACGAACAUAUAUUAUGGCGAAUAUACAUAAAUAAAUUUAAUAAUUUGAAAACAUGACUAGUUGGUUUUACAUCUAGUUAAAGUACAACACAAAAUUUUAAUUAUUUAUGAUAAAGUAUAGUUAUAUAUUAAAAUUAUUUUUAAAUUCUAAAGUUGAUAUGAAAUUUUUUAUUUAUUUAUAAUUAUGUUAUUAAUUAAAAAUUUUAAUAAUGAUAGUACACGUAAAAUAUUCUUAUAUUACAGAGAAACUUUACUAAAAAUGUAAACUUCGUAAAUGAAAUCGUACAUGUCAUAAUAAAAUGAAAGCAUGUCACAUUUUAUAGUAAAUCAUGCCAUCAUUUUUAAGAACUCUCAUUCAUUAAUACAUGUUAUAAUGGAUCAAUAAAGACCAAAUUACCAUCAUACUUAAUAAUAAUCACAAUACUGUCAUUAUAUAACUAAUUUAAACAAAAAUAAUAAUAACAGACAAAUUAAAUAAAAUUAUCCCAUUAUAAAACCUAGGGAAACUAGUUUACGAAAAAUCAAUAUUUUUAUUAAAAAAUAUUGAAUAUAUAAUCUAUUAAAACUAAAGUACAUUUUGUAUUUACCCCUAAGUUUUCCACAAAAAUUACCUUCUCAUGCCACUCUAAUUAAAACUAUGUCGUCUUAAAUACAUUCGAUAAUAUAAGUUUUUAAUCAUGUUCAAAAUCAAGUUAGUUUCGAAGCCCAUAUUUUGGGUGUUUGGUUAGAAAUAGAAGUUUGUUUGGCCUUUUAAUAACAGUCCAUUAUGGUUUAAUCCUAAUGGUUUAGGGAUUUUAUGGUUUAGUCUAUUUUGGAUAUCAAUAUAUUUAAUGUGAGUAGAAAAUCGAACCGGUCACACUUAUUUCCAUCCUAAAACUCGACAUCAAUAAAAAAGUCAUUCCUAAUUUAAUGUGACUACAAAAUAGAACCAAUCACACUUCUUUCCUUCCUGUUAUUACUCUGCACGGGUAAAUCAUAAAUAUUAUUUUAUUUCCUAUUUCUACGGAGUCUCCUUUUAAACAAAGAGGAGGUUUAGGACGAGAGAGAUAAGUUCUGUUUAAACCAUCUCCAAUGUAUUUUUCUAUUUUUACCUCUAAAAUAGAAGAAUUCUAUAAUAGGAAUGAGUUUUACUCCAAUGUAUUUCUCUAAAAUAGAGAUCUCUACAUAUAGAGUAAAAUAUAGAGGAAUACUAUUUCUUCCCCUAUAAAUAGAGAAAAAAAUAGCAAUCUCUAUUUUAGAGAUAAAAAUAGAGAUGAGUUGGAGUGAUUUUUCCUCUAAAUGCUAUUAUAGAGGUAGAAAUAGAGGUGGGUUGGAGAUGCUCUUAAAAUGAAACGAAAACUUUUUUUUCUGUUCACAAAAGGUUUGUUUGUUUGUUUCCCAGAAAAAAAAACUUAAUAGGCUAAUGAUGAAAACAUUAAUAGUACUAUGGUCCAAAUUAAAAUUUAUUUUUCUCAUAUAUUACUAUGGCCCAACUUACAGUAGCUACUUAAUUCAAAGUUUUUGAAUGAUUGUAAUUAAUUUUUCUGUGAUUUUUAUUAAGUUGAUGUACAAAUAUAUAUGUACAUGUUAAUUACUUAUAUUCCAAAAUUUUACAAAGUACAAAUAAAUUCAUAUACACAACCAAGGAACUGAAUAAUCUAAACAAUAAAUACUAACAUAUAAAAUAAUAAGAAUGUUUAUGUGUAGACAUGCCAAAUUUAAAAAAAAUAUGUAAUAUGUAAUUCUUAUAUAUCUAUAAAACUUAAAUGUUGAAAAAUAAUUCUUUUAUAAAAUAAAAAGACACAUAUAAUUAUAAGAGAAAUUCUCUUAGAUAGCUUUUUUUAGUUUAUUUUCACAAAAAUAGACAUUCAAAGAGGAAAAUGACCAAAAGAGGUUUUAUUGAAUGGUAAAUAUGCAUUUAUACCCUUAAGGUUAACUAAUAUAAGACUUAGGGUUUAGAGUUAAGGGGUUGGGUUUUGGAGAUAUGUUCAAAUUUAAAAAAAAUAAAAAAUAAAUUUUAAAAUUUUCAAAAUAAAUAAAGCUAUUUUCGUCAUUUUAUUUUUAAGGGCUAUUUUUUGUGUCAAAAACUUAAAAAUGUCUAUUUGAGAGAAUUUUCCUAAUUAUAACUCCAAUUAUUAAUAGAUGUGAGAUUGUUAUAUGAUAUCACUGUCCAUCAUAAAAUUGAUUGUUAUUACAAUAUUUUUGGAAUAAAAUGGUAUGAAAUUACUUAUUUCUAUAGAUUUCAAUUUUUUCUUCUUAUCAAAUACCUGCACGAUUGCGCGAGUCAACUUCAAAUUGGGUUUGGUAGAUAAAAUUAUCAAAAAUCUGUACUUAUUUUUGAAUAUUUUUUGUUACUUUUUCAAUUAUUUUGUAUGUUACUAUCUAAAUAAUGUAUUUGUUAAAAUAACUAUAAAAUUAUAACUUUACAUAUAAUUUUAAUCACAAUAUUUAUAGUUUAAUUUAAUAAAGCACAUACUUAAUACUCUAAUAUUUUACACUUUAGAAUAUUAAUUUAAUUACCAAGUAAAACCAAUAAAAGUACAAUAAAAGAAGAAUACAACUGCAUAGUUUAUAAAUGGAAUCAGUAACAUAAAUGUUUUUUUUAACGCUUUGGAUUGUAUUAUUAAAUCUUAUAGUCAAAAAGUUCUAAACAAUGAGAAUUAUCAAAACAAAAGAGUAGAAUAAGGAUACACCAGUAGGGAUCCAAAGUAAACUAACAACACAUCUUGCGUAUAGAUGACUAAAGAUUUUCAUAUAAAAGCUCCAUAUUGCUUUUGGAGAAGCUGAAUCUCAAGGGAGAUAAUCUUCGUAUUAAUCCAAAAACACCACGCUUCAGAAUGAAUUGAGAACGAUUGUCACUCUCUUUUUAAUACUCCAGUAGGAGCCAUUGAGAUAAGACAACUCUUUAUAUUGCUCUAUUGAUAAUAAUAGAGUCAAAGAGAUUACCGUUCCAUAGAAUUUGAUGCUGUUUUUUGAAGUAACCAUAGUUUACAGCAAGAACUCCAUCACUGUCACAUGAAGAACCAUCAACGAUUGAAGCCGGUAAGAUCCGUCGCCACCAUCCGCAGUAGAUCUGUCAAUUACUUUUUCUAAACGGUUCAAUUGAACCGAAACUUUUAUCUCUCCAAAUCCAUUGGAAGAAGCAUACAAAAGAAUAAUAAAAAACUUUGCCAGAUUUAAAAUAAAUUGGCAAUCAAACAAACCAAGUAACGAGAAGUAAAUCAAAUCAAAGAAAGAGAAGCAGAACGAAUCAAACAAGCCGAUAACGGAGCUAUAGAAGCCUCCCGCCAUCGACUUGAAACUAUAAAAAAUCUCCUUUUUUUUCUCUCGACGGCUAGGGUUUGAGUAACAUAAAUGUUUAUACAGAUGAAAAACAUAUACUUACGAAGUACAAACACCUGUGCGGAUCAAAAGCUAAAGCUAGUUAAUAUUAAAAACAGUGCGUCAACAAAAUAACAAACAAGUUCUUAUAAUAUUCUGGCGCUCAUCCUUCUGACAAUAUGAUAGUAGAGCCGUGAUUAUCUCUCUCUCUCUCUUGUUUUUUUCUUUUGAGAUAUUAUUCUACGUGCUCUUCAAGCAUGUUGACUAUUCCAUCAAAGAUUAAGACAAAAAGAUAAAUCCGAGAAUAGUAUUGCGAUUUACUUGUAGAGCAGGAUAUGUUGACUAUUCCAUCGAUAUUGUGCUUAUUAUAAAUAGCACACAAGUAUUACCCUCAUAGAUGCAAAAAAACAUCUUAUAGUUUCUAAAAAAAAUCAAGAUUAUCUAUACUCUUCAACAAUGUCGUCAUCAUCAUCAUCUUACUUGAGAGAUGAAGAUCUGACACAAGAAACAAGAGAUCUGAUCUCUUCUCUUCCAAGCGAGAAAGGUUGGUUGGUGAGCCAAAUGUAUCAGUUUCAAGGACGUUGGCACACACAAGCCCUCUUACAAGGACUCUUGCAAUGCCAAAAACACUUUGAGGCCAAAGAUUCAGACAUUAUCCUCGUCACCAAUCCUAAAUCAGGUACCACUUGGUUAAAAGCUCUUGUCUUUGCUCUCAUCAACCGAAACCAGUUUCCAGUUUCUUCUGGAAAUCAUCCUCUUCUUGUUACCAACCCGCACCUUCUCAUACCCUUCUUGGAAGGAGUUUACUACGAGUCUCCAAAUUUCGAUUUCUCCGAGUUGCCUUCUCCAAGACUCAUGAACACGCACAUAUCGCUUCUUUCCCUGCCCGAGUCCGUUAAGAGCUCGUCUUGUAAGAUUGUGUACUGUAUGUUGAAAUGUGUUUCAGCUCUGGUCAACAAAAAGAAGAAAGAAGUCACGUAUCACAAGCCACUGGUUAUGUUGGUAUAUAUUGGUUUGAUAUAAGUUGAUUGUAAUUUCCGGUUAAGUCCUUAUUCAUAUAAAAGGAUUAAACCGAGAGCUUUGGUACAAGUUGUACAGAGCGUAACAAACACUGUAUCUCUUCUUUUUCGAGUGUUCUCUGAUUUGAGAGAGAGCUCGAUCUUCGUUGAUAGUGGAUUGCUGGCUCUGCCCAGCCCCGAUGAUGUAUAGCGGCUUCUCCACAUCGGAGAAGUGCGGUGAACACUGGGUGAACAAAACCUCUUGUGUCCUUUAUUUUCUUGCUUCGUUUUCUUUCGUACAAACUGAGAGUGAGAGUUCUUGAGCUGAGAGAAGAGUGAUCAUAAUCUGAAUCAAACACUUAGGGUUUCCGCGUAACAAGUGGUAUCAGAGCCGUGGUUUGGCGAUUCAUAGGUUCAGUCGAUUCACGGAGUUCGUGAUUCCUCGAGGUGAAGAAAUAGAAAGAUGAAUCAAGUUUCGUCGAAGUCGGAGACGGAAGCAGUAAGUUCUUUAUCGGCUUCGAUGGAGUAUCCGAUGAGCAAGAAGAAGUUCGUCGGUGAAGGCGAUAUCUGAUUCGUUGAAGAGGUGUAAGUUAAUUUCUUCAAGUCAGCUGUUCAUAAACAAGAGAAUCGACGAAAUCGUUUGGUUCUGUAUUAUCGGGAUCUGGAAGGAGGAAGAUUCUGUGGCUGAUCUUGGAUUGAUUCUUUAUGGAAUCCACAAGAAGGGGAUAUUUAGCGAAGAAUCUUGCUGGAGAAAGCCGGUUUCUGGUUUUCUGGAUAUUUAGCGAAGAAGAUUGGUUUUCUGGUUUUCUGGAAGAUGGAAUAAGCAAAGUCGUUGCUUACAGCCUGAAGUGCUACGAGUUUUGCGUUAAGUAUCGCAAGUGGAAGUACAACAGACACUGGAGAAAUCAAGAUUCAGGAAUCAAUUUGAUCAUUGGUCACUAGACACAAAGGCUUGGAGAGAUCUGCAUAUUUCUAUGUGACUCCAAGGUAAAAGUAUGAAACUGAUUAUUAUUCAUUAACCUUUUGUUUCUUGUUCUGUGAUUGUCUUGGCAGAUUCAGGUACAGAGAGAUAUCAAUCUUGUGAUGUGCAUAAAAGAGAAAGGUCAUGGAGACAUGUAUCUUUUAUGGAGUUUUCUCGAGUGCCUUGCAAUACAGAGAUCUUGUUCCUGAUUUGCUUGUCUAGGGAUGAAGGAUUGGGAUGCUUCUCCCAUUCGUCUGGCAUUUCCCUCAUACAAAAUGGCAGAAAUUGUGACUUGAAAGGCAUAGCGAACCAGGAACAAGAUAGAGUGGUCUUGAGCACCGUCCGUAACACAUGAAGAAUUUGCAACUAUUGGUUUGAAUAACUCCCAUGAAGAAGCUGGAACACAAAGCUCUUCCAAACUUUCUCAGUUUAAGAGCAGAGAAAAAUAAAUGGUCCUCUUGACUCCUCCACAUUACUACAAAGCAAGCAUACGCUAUUUGCUUGGGGAUUCCAUUUGAGAACCCGGUCUCCAGUUGACAGCCGAUUGUGAACUGCAAGCCAUGUUAUAAAGGCAUAUGUUCGAGUUGCUGCAGAGAACCAUAUGCAUUUAUACCAAGCCACCUUCAGGUAUGAGUACGCGUAAGCUCCCAGGUUGACUUCGUGCUAAAAACCUGCUUAUAUUCCCCAUUUGAAAUUUUCCAUAAACGAUGUUCUUGGAGGUGGGUAAGGUUCUUUUCGGGCAGUGAGAGAAUUUCAUGCUCUAUCUUGAGCAGGUUCUCAACUCUGUGACGUCGACACAUAUAUGUUUGAACCGCCUUUUCCACAGUUGCAGUUAAAGGAAUCCCAGUAUCAAUGCAUCCUCGAGGACCAGUUAUAUCUAUGAGUCUCCCAAUAGACGGCCCACUCAUCAAACCAGAAGGAGGAAUUGGACCCACUUUGUAUUUCUACUUUAGUGAGAGUAGCCGAAAGUGUAUUCUUAAAACAUUGUGGCAGCCAUGUUUUAACAUAAUAAGUUCAGAUUUAAACUAACUGACAUAUGUUAUUAUUUUCUUCUAGUCAUCAUCCUUUUCUGUUCGGAUUUCAA